UCAACAUCAAAGCAUCCAACCAAGAAAAUUCCACAUUUUUUUACAGUAUCUCACGGAUCUUGGGAGACUCUUCGAGGAUCGAUACCGACAAGAACUUGACAAUACAAUCAUCAAGAUGUCGGACGUAGAAGAGAACAACGCUCCCGACGUUGCGGAGGAGGUCGAGGUCUCCGCCGAUGCCGCCUCCUCUGGCCAGAUGUCCGUUCUGGACGCGCUCAAGGGCGUCUUGAAGCUUGCUCUCAUGCACGACGGUCUUGCCCGUGGCCUGCGCGAGGCCUCCAAGGCCCUGGACCGACGACAGGCACACAUGUGUGUCCUGAACGAGACCUGCGAGGAGGAGGCCUACAAGAAGCUCGUCAUCGCUCUCUGCUCCGAGCACAACAUCCCCCUGAUCAAGGUCCCCGACGGCAAGCAGCUCGGCGAGUGGGCUGGACUCUGCGUACUCGACCGGGAGGGCAAUGCGAGGAAGGUCGUCAACUGCUCCUGCGUGGUGGUGAAGGACUGGGGUGAGGAGUCUCAGGAACGGUCCAUCAUCCUCAACUAUUUCCAGAAGGAGCAAUAGAAGGUCUUGGGUCUUCCGGGCGGGUGCGGCGUUAGAGGGUACCUAUAGAGAUUGAGGCUAUUCACAGUCACAUCAAAGGCUCCUCGGGUGUACUCUAGCUGGCUUCAUCACCUGGCAUUUAUGCAUUUGGGGUCCGCUGAUCGAUCACCAUUGCAUAUGACAUAAGAGGGAAAAAAGGCAUUGGGUUUCUCGUCAACGAUCGAUCCCUCAGUAGCCAUUACAUUACGUUCAUGCUCCUCUUCUCGUGAUACUCGUACUUAUUUCCUCCCCUCG